AUGAACCAAGUUUUACAUGCUUUCUUAUGCAAAUUUGUGGUUGUUUACUUUGAUGACAUCUUGAUUUUUAGUCGCAAUGAAGAAGAACAUUUACAGUAUCUCCAUCAAGUCAUGAUAGCCUUACAAGAAAGUGAGCCGGCUAGAGUCCAGGCUCACCAGCCUACUGAUGGGUUCUUGAUACAUGAUGGCUUUCUUUUUAAAGAGAACAAGUUAUGCAUUCCUCGAUCUUCAUUGCGGGAAAAAGUGAUUCGGGAGGUACAUGGAGGAGGUUUUAGUGGUCAUUUGAGGCGUGAUAAGACUGUUGCUGGGUUGGAGGAGCAUUUUUACUGGCCACAAUUAAAAAGAGAUACAGAUAUGGAAGAAAGGCGCAACCGUCAUGACAGACGUGAUUAUAUUUUACCUGGUCCCAAUGAUCCAUCGUUGCUAUAUGGACAAGCCGAACAUAGGUCUGAGGCUAUAUGGCAACAAAAUAUAGAAAGUGGGGCAAUAGGUUGUAGAAGAACGGGUACAGUUUUACAUUUGGGUGAAAUACCAGAUCAAAUAAUAUCUCACCUACGACAGUUGGGUUUUUAUGGUGUAAUCCGGUUAGGUUUUUUUGCAUUAGAUUGGCAUUUAAUUACGGCUCUUAUUGAGAGGUGGCGACCAGAGACGCAUACAUUUAUGUUUCCUGAAGGAGAAAUGACUAUAACCCUUCAGGAUAUAGGGCUAAUAACCGGGUUGCCUGUCAAUGGUGCAGCUGUUACAGGCCGAUCACGCCACCAUUGGCCUUCAGUUUGUGAGGCGUUAUUAGGUGUCGUUCCACCUAAUAAUGCCAUUAGAGGGUGUUAUCUGAAACUAAGUUGGCUUGCUGAGGAAUUUAGUCAACUUCCCGAUGAUGCUGAUGAGGAAGUUGUUCAUAGGUUUGCAAGAGCAUACAUUAUGAGAGUGAUUGGAUCCAUAUUUGGUGAUACAUCUGCGUCGCGGGUGAACUUAAUGUUUCUACCUUUGUUAGCCGAUCUUGAGGACGCUGGUAAUUAUAGCUGGGGUGGGGCAUGUCUGGCAUGGUUGUAUAGACAGUUAUGUAAGGCGACAAAUCCUGAAGUUAUGCAAAUGUCUGGUCCCUUAUUUAUAGUUCAGAUAUGGGCAUGGGACCGGAUCACAGCAGUAUCGCCGGCACUGUCAGACAGAGCACCACAUCAUGAUGCUCCACUAGGCAGCAGGUGGAGUAAUGCCAGACAUGUUACGGAGGUAGUCACCCACGUACUCGUGGAGCUGCGAUAUCAGCUUGAUAGAUUAUUACCCGAGCAGGUACUAAUAUUAAUAAAUGAACUAAUAUAUAGACAGUUAUGUAAGGCGACAAAUCCUGAAGUUAUGCAAAUGUCUGGUCCCUUAUUUAUAGUUCAGAUAUGGGCAUGGGACCGGAUCACAGCAGUAUCGCCGGCACUGUCAGACAGAGCACCACAUCAUGAUGCUCCACUAGGCAGCAGGUGGAGUAAUGCCAGACAUGUUACGGAGGUAGUCACCCACGUACUCGUGGAGCUGCGAUAUCAGCUUGAUAGAUUAUUACCCGAGCAGGUACUUUGGGAGCCGUACACUGAUGGCCUGAUUCAGUCGCUGCCCGAAUACUGUCGCCAAGGACGGGACAUUUGGAGGGCUGUUGUCCCACUUAUCUGCUUCCAUAUUGUGGAGUGGCAUCAGCCGGAUCGUGUCAUGCGACAGUUUGGGAUGCAGCAGCAUAUUCCUGCUGAACCUCAUCAGUCUGCUGUACUACACGAUGUGGAUUUGCGUAAAAGCGACACGAACUGGGCAGAAGUCCACUCUCAUUGGAUCGCGCGCUGGAACACACGGGAUACAAGAAUAGUCACUGGCCCGCCAGCAACAGAGCCACUCCAUUUCCAUUCAGAGUAUAUGGAGUGGUACCAUAGGGUGUCCAGACGCUGGAUUUCAGUGAAAGGAGCGGCAAUGGGAUCCGGGGAGGAUGUUCUGGAGCACAUGUACGCUAUUGCUACAAACCCGACCACGGGGAGUAUGACAGCUAUGUGUGACCUCAUACAGUCUGUUUCAUUCUGUAUGAUGGAAGAGAGGCGGCAAACACAACUGCCAGCUCCACAUCGAGCACCUGCUGCACCGCCCAACAUGGAUGACCCAGAUGACCCGCCUAUUCCCGAUUCUGUGGCACGUGGUAGUCGGGGUAGGGCUGGUGGAUAUGGUAGGAGCCGAAGAAGGGGUCACAUCCAUGCUGAACAAUGUGAUAGGGAUGUGAAUCCAGUGCCUCCCCCUAUGGAAUAUCAUCGGUCGCAAUCAUUCCACGAAGAUCAACCCAGUUCAUCUAACGUGCCCAGCUCAUCUCAUGUGCCUUCUAUGUUUAAUCCCGGUGCUUAUGGUGUCCCGUACACGCCAAUGGGAUCAGUGUUUCCAGCAUUUGCGCCCAAGCCUAUGCAUGCGCCGUCGUCUUCGAGACAGUUUCAUAUGUCAGGCGGAAUUUAG